GCGGACAAAGGAGGGAGCUGGGUCCUGCUUCCUCCUGAUCCUGCCGAUGAGGAUUUUUAGACCGUGGAGACUGCGCUGCCCUGCCUUACACUUACCCUCUUUCCCCACGUUCUCUAUAAAGUGUAGUUUGCCUCCUCUUCCCACUGACGAAGACAUGUGUAAGAGUGUGACCACAGGUGAGUGGAAGAAGGUCUUCUACGAGAAGAUGGAGGAGGUGAAGCCAGCGGACAGCUGGGACUUCAUCAUAGACCCCAACCUCAAGCACAAUGUGUUGGCCCCUGGCUGGAAGCAGUACCUGGAACUUCAUGCCUCAGGCAGGUUCCACUGUUCCUGGUGCUGGCACACCUGGCAGUCACCCCAUGUAGUCAUCCUCUUCCACAUGUACCUGGACAAGGCUCAGCGCGCUGGUUCGGUGCGCAUGCGUGUGUUCAAGCAGCUCUGCUACGAGUGCGGUACAGCACGGCUGGAUGAGUCCAGCAUGCUGGAGGAGAACAUCGAAAGCCUGGUGGACAACCUCAUCACCAGUUUGCGAGAGCAGUGCUACGGGGAGCGUGGUGGCCACUACCGCAUCCAUGUGGCCAGCCGGCAGGACAACCGGCGACACCGCGGAGAGUUCUGCGAGGCCUGCCAGGAAGGCAUCGUGCACUGGAAGCCCAGUGAGAAGCUGCUGGAGGAGGAGGCGACCACCUACACCUUCUCCCGUGCUCCCAGCCCCACCAAACCGCAGGCUGAAACAGGCUCAGGCUGCAACUUCUGCUCCAUUCCCUGGUGCUUAUUUUGGGCCACGGUUUUGAUGCUCAUCAUCUACCUGCAAUUCUCCUUCCGUACUUCUGUCUAAGCUUGGGGUGGGGAGUCAGUUGGUGGGAAGGGGUGAGGUGAGACCUGGCUUGGGAAUGGGUCACAUUUUAAUGUGAUGCAGUUAUUGAUUUGGUGGGAACUCUGAAUAUUUAUCCAUUUUUCCCCCUAUCUGUAGAAUUAAGUGUCUGGGCUGGAUGGUUGAUUUCUCAAAAGAAAUCCAGGGUUCCGAAGUCCUUCUAGGUACCUCAGGAAUGUAUGAUUUGGGAAGUAGUCAAUGAGUGAGUUGCUUUCUCCUAACCCAAUAUCGGCCCCCACCCUCAACUUCUGCCUUUUCCCUUGCUGUAAUCAGAAGAGAACUACUUUCCAUGGUGUUCCAUGUAGGACUUUUAUAUAUACAUAUAUACAAUAUAUGUGUAUAUAUAAACACAAUAUAUAUAUGUACAUAUAUACAUAUGUAUGUAUAUAUACAAGCUUGCAUACACUAUAUGCAUAUAUAUAUGCUUAAAAAGAAAACAAGCUUGGAAAUUAUAGGACUAGGUUAUCUCUAAAGAUCUUAAAGCCAAGGAACUUACUUGACUUUGCUCUCUUGGUAUUUUCACCCUGUCCUCAUUAUUAACCAUAGCAUCUAGCUGGAGCUUUAAAGAACCUCUUUGCCUUCAAUAUGAGCCUGCCUCAGGCACACACAGAAGUUUCUCCUGAAGGUAAAGAGGUAGGGCCACUGGGUCGCUGGCUCCACUGCAGUGUGCAUGUGUUCCCCAGACUUGAAGCUUCUGGUAUCUUGUCCUUCGGGUGGAUCCCAAGGUCUGUCUGCUUGACAAAGGGGUGGCAGUUGAGGUAGAGUCACAGGGUGAGGCCUCACACUCAGUGCUUGUGAAGUGGCAUAAUUUAGAGAGGUUUGGGAGGAAACCACAUAGAAUAAUGACUCCCCGUUAUAGUGGAGAGCUUUCAGGGUUCAGGGUACUUGUGUCUCGAAUAGGGGAACAGGGGCCUGGUCGCCUAUGAUUUUUGCUGAAAGGGUAGAAGACUGGUUUUCCACAUUGGCUUUCUACCUGGACCACAGUGAUAGAGGAUGCAUUAAAUAUACAAAUAACUUGUUGGUAGAGAGUGCCUAGAAGCUCACAUCCUUUCAAAAUGGGGUACAUUACGGUUUGCAGCCACAGGAUUGGAGACACCCUGAUAACAGAGAGUAAGGCUGGUGGGGAAAGGUGAAGGGCCGGGAAUAGGAUGCUCCCCACCCUGAGCUCUCGAGGCCAUUGUUCACUGUCUGAGUUAGUAACCAACUUCCUGUCCUCCAGCCAGGUCUAUAGAAAGUCACAAUGCCUGUAGUGUGGGAGAUAGGAAAGCUACUUACAUAAAGACCUUCAGGGUGUCAUUAAUGCACCAUUGAGAUUCCCCACAUGGUCCUUGAUGUCCAUUGGGCCAUUAGUGUCCCCUCUCAGUAUCCUGUCUUCUUUCUUACUGAGACUCUGUCUAGCCAUUGUGCUGGGCCAAGAAAAUCAGCACAAGGCAAGUGUCACCAUGACAGUAGCAACCAGCUGUGACUUCUUCCUUCGCAGUAUUAAUUUCUUUAGUCAGCCACACAUCCUGGGCACCACUCUCUAGUAAGUUCUGAUCUGGGUCCAUACAGUAGGCACCUUGAGCCAGGUUGAGACUGUCAGAGUCAUCUGCUCAUUUCAGGGCUUCUCAGCCUUGGCUCUAUGUUAGGAACCCUGGGAGCUUUUAAAGCAAUAUUAAUGACCUAAACAUCCGAGUUAGAGCAAACCUCUGCUGCCUGGUGUAAUACGUCAAUGAAAGGGGCAGCUUCAUUUGCAUCCAGUUUAUAAACAAUGCCUGGCAAUCUCCUCUGAUGAAUCUCCCUGGCUUUCUCAGAAAUCUAGGGCUCACUUUCCCUCCUCAGUUGCCUUCCCUCUCAUCCCGUUACCUGGGAGUACAGUCCUCCUUCUCCUUUCCCACCAUGGAGAUCCGUUGUGACAAGGGUGUUACCCUGCUCUCUGGUCUCCAUUACUGAGACUUUCUUGCCUUGCUAGAAUGCCUACACAUCUGACCCGCUGUAAUCUCUUAGUAUCGGAGAUACUCCCGAUUAGAAUGUAAAUUCCAGCCAGCACAGUCUCCCUGGAUUGUCUUUUACCUCUAUUGAGCACAGAACAAGAGCUCAGGAAGAUUUUGUUGAACGACUAAGUGAAUCAAUAGCUAGGCUAUCGCCAGCCUCAUCUUUGCUUCUGUGUACUGUUUGUUUGUGAGAAUAUGUAUAGUCCCCUUUUCAUAGGACCACCUAAUUUCCUAGAUCUUCUACCCAUCAACCCCAAAUAAACUAUUUAAACC